ACAUUGGAAGCAAAUAAAAGAAGCACUAGACAUGAUUAAUACCAUACACUGUAGGCCUAUGUAUCGCCAACCACGAACGAUCAAGAUAGGAAAUUUACUGAUGAUUUUUUCGUAAAAUAAAGGAAAUAAAAAAAUAAUAAAUAAAAAAAUUGAUGAGGCAGAGAAAAUGUAUGCGUGAGGGGACGAGAAACUUUUUUUUUUUAUUUUGCCUAAAUGUUUAUUUUUUUUCUAAAUAUAGAAACGUUCGAUCUUCUGCUUUAAUCUAACCUCUAGCUGUAACCUACCGUAUAGAAAAAGUAAAGUGAUCUAUUAUAUCAUGUUGCUUACAAAUAAUUAAUGUAAAAUACACAGUUCAUUUAUUUUGCACUUGACUGAGAAUAGACUUAGUAAUAAGCCUAUACUGUUUUGUGUAAACGGUUGAUUAACCUAUUGGUUUCAAAAACAAUAGGCCUAUACAUAGAUUAACACUAAUACUAGUAGGUUACAUGAAAUGAUACAGCUGCAAACGUGGAUAAGAUUACAUGAUUGAAUGUUUUCAGUGUCCACGAUGGUUUCAUGCGUGUGAUGUUAAAAAUGCGCCUCCCACCUCCAAUGCUACGCGGUUCUCCACGUCCCAUACGUCGCAAUAUACCGUACCCACUCCAUUCCAUCCCAGAUUUCAGGGAGCACAUCACAACUCAGUAGUGCGAUAAUAUGAUAUCAUAUUGUCGUAUGUUUAACAAUUUUCAAUGAGGGGAGGGGGAAGGGCGUCCUACCGGGCCCCCUAAUUUUUCGGAGGAACGUGCGCCCCCGCGAACUCUCUAGAUACGCACUCUGUGUCUACAGUUGACUUCAUUCAAUCUGUUACCAUGUCGACUGGUGGUUAACACAAUGUAGACCCCUAGGCAAGAACGGGACUGUACAUCUGUCCUUAUGGAGAUUUUGUUGCAAGUAAACUCAUGUAUGCUAUCAAACGUUUAUUAAUGAGGCCUAGACUCAUAUUUUUUCCUUCACAUAAUUUCCAUACUUACUGCACACUGAAUAAACGGCAAAAAUACGUCAACAUCGGGGGUUUUAUGGUCACAUUAUGGCAUUUUCUAUCUCUUAAAAGCCUGCGGUUUAGCAAGUAUAGAUUGUGGAAGAAUAAAUAAGUUACUUUUCUUUUGAGUUUUAGAAAUAAAAUACAAUAAUGGGAAACGCAUGACUGCAAAUGAUGAAAUACCUAUUCAUUUCAUGGAUGAAAACAGAAUGUGUUUAGACCUUCAAUGCAUUCGCAGUGAAUUAACCCCGUAAUUGGGAGAUUUAUGAUGAAGCCGACUAUCAUUUCCAUGUCAACGGGGUAACAAGGGGUUAGUAGAAGCUUUCCGUUUAUUGCCACGAUGGGCCCGAAUAUAUGUCUAUACAUUCUACAUUCUAAACCAAUUUAUAAAGUUUUCAACAGCUAACUUAUUUAUCAUUACUGGAUCUGUGACGCUAUCAAGCUCUGCAAAUAUGUCUUCUGUAGGAAUACAAUUACCACACAUAGUUGGCAAUUAUCUUACGCCGGAUAAGAGUAUUGCUGGAGGCGGUCCAACAAAAUUCACAAAUAAGAAAAUUACACACGAUAAGGUAAAAGUGGAUUUGACCUCAGCACCUCCAAUAAACCAUCACCUUGGCAACGGUGCCAAAGAACCGAAGUCAAAAAGUCACAAUCACCCAAUAAGAAACAACGGUAGGCAAAAAGCCAAUUCUCUGCCUUCAACCAGAGGAGCAAAAGGUGUCUCGACGCGGCCAAUAAACUCCGCUCCACAUACUCAAAAGACGACCAAUGGAUCAGAUGGAAAACAAGCAACAAGACGACAUUUUCCGAAAAUAAAUGCAUUUACGGAAGAAAACGUACGUGGAUUGAGCACAGCGCAGUUGGCACUUCGAGGAAUGACUAAUGGAAAACACUGGGCCUCAAGCAUAGCGGAUCAGCAGGAGGCGCACAGAUUUCUAAGGGCUAGUGGUUCAAAUGACAAACUAGUUCUACGGAAACAAAAACCUGAAAAAUCACAUUUAGAAGAAACACAAAGUGAAGGAGCUAGCGAAAAGCAAAAACACUCUCGCACUAAAACCGAUCAUGAGCAGACGGACAAACAAGAUACAAACAGAAUUAAACAUGUCUAUAAACUAGAUAUGUCGAAAGUUUCAUCUAAAAUUGAUACUGGCCAAUCAGUAAAGAAACCUGGAACGCCAAGGUCCUCGUCCUCGUGCUCUGAACAAAAACAAUGGAAACGUGUUAAGACAACAUUAGCAACCAGAAGACUAGCUUGGAAAAAGUUUAGAAGAAAAACUAAAAAUCCGGCACGGAUUUUCAGUCAGAAAAAUGCGCAAACAGAAAAGCAACUCCAGAGUGUUUAUAAUAAUAAUACCUACAGAACACAGCGACAGACACGAGUUUUGAACAAGGUUGAAGAAGUUCAAUACAAAAAAGUUCAGGAUUUUAAUAGAGAAUCUACACAACGUGAAUUUUUACGAACUAAUAGUAUACUAGCUCAGAGAAAACAUUUAAAAUUACUUCGCGAUCGGUUCGACGCCGAGCAAGUAAAACGUUUUAAAAACCAAUACGUGUCGUGGAAAGGCGUGGAAAACGAUCGAUUAGAUAAAGGAAGCGAGGCCUACGGGCUACCGGAUAAUAUAUAUUUGGAUAGGUACAGUAAGGAAAUACAGCCAGUCACGGCCAAGACUUAUCCCAAGAAAACAUUUAAAGCCAUGGCAUCACGCGUGCGCAAUAUUCAAAAGUUUCGACUCAUAUUAGAUCCAAAAUCAACUUACGAGCCUGAAAAAGUUUUAAAAGUUUCUAAUAAGUUAUUGAUCGAAGGUAUAGAUACAGUGCAACUUCCUGAAACAGAUAACAAAAAGAAACACAAAAAGCCAACUAAAGUUCGUGCAGUUAUAGGAUCAGCAAAAAGAGUGAUAAUGGAAAAACAUGAUAUUGAUGCAAUAAGUGAAUUGUCGGAAGGAGAAUGGGAUGACCUCUCAUCACUUGACCUUUCAGAUAGCGAAGCAAAUUAAAAAGCCAAGAAAAAAAACUGACAAAUGCUGCUUUUGAGAAAACUAUACUUCUAUAUCAUAAAAAGUAUUCUCUACAAAUACUGUUGAACUUUUUUCAUACAGUAAAUCUACUGUUCUGUUAAAACUAUCACUGACGUCAGAGUCAAGGUACUAUAAGAUAUACUAUUAGUAAGCUUUCGAUUGCAUGACAGCAGGACCUAGAACAUAAUGACGUCACUAAUAGGUCAUGCACGUUGAGUUCUUCUUGUUGCCGGGAUUCUAGGAUGCAGUUUGCCCCAAAUCUAUGUUGUAGCAGAGAAUGCAGGACAGUCGCCAAUGAGUGAAUCCAUUCUAGAUUUACGUUGUCGUACAAAUCGCAAACUCUAUUAACUUAAGAGAUAUAACCGGACAUUUUUUUGUCAAUCAAACUUAACAACUGACCAAUCAGAAUAGGCCCAGGAAAAUGCGCAUUUCCUCCCAUAGACAUUGUUCCCGUAAAUUUUAGUUGUUGUUUAAUAGGGCCUCAGCAACAUCAAUAUCCCGGGGGUGGUUGGGGGCUUUGCAGAAAAGUCUAGUGACAUCAAUUCCAGUGACAUCAAACUACGCAUCGAAGCAUCCAAAUUGAUCUUAUACUUCUGAACACUAUCACUCUCAUGCUAAUUUAAUAUAUUUUAACUUAAUCAUAAUGCUCUUUUUUUAAGCCUGGUGGUUAUUUCAACUCAUUUAAAAACUCAUGCCAUGAUGACCUUUCUUAUUCUGAAAUAAUGACGUUGAAAAAAAUGUAACAUAGUUUAUAAUUACACUUCCCAUAACAAUAAUAGAAUGAAAUAAUAAAACAUUACUAAAAAUCCCUUUUAAGAACUGUCUAGACUAACAAAUUUUUUUUGAGAAAAUAGUCAUGAUGACAUCACAUCAUGACCAUAUAUAGGCACAUCAUGACUAUAUAUGGGCAUACAAUAGUUUCUUGUCAGAGAAAAUUUGAUAUUCUGUACAGAGCAAUGGUGGUUCAAACUGUGCCAUUCGUAAUUGGGAGCUUUCAAUUGGUCGACAAAGGUAGGGCGUAGAACAUAGAAUGUAAUGACGUCACGAAAUGUCCUCUGCGCAUGCGAGAACAUUAAGUUCUUCUCGUCGUGUGGAUUCUAGGAUGCAAUUUGGCCAAAUCUAUGUAUGCAGCAGAGAACAUAGGAUGCCCCGGCAGGAUAGUCACUUCUGUCUGGGAGAAUGUAGACCACUGCAGAAAACCUGCAAAUCAUGUGUCUAAUUUUAUAUACAGUUAAUACAGGAUUAUAAAAAUACUGAAUAAAGUUUUUACCAAGAUGAACAAAA